AAAUGUUAUGAAAGCGGCGUGACUCGCUGCAAUGUCCUACAGGCUCACAUCUUUCAAGGAGACUAUUCGUUUCAUUACACACAUUGAAUAGGUUUUUGACCUUUGUCAGGAAUUGCGUCGAGAUCCAGAUUAGUUGUUUUUAGGGUUUUAAAAAAAGAGGAAUUCCUCUUUAAAAUAGUAAAAGCCAACCUAGGCCUGUGUUGCAUUAGCUAAUGCUCAGCAUUUAGGUAACGUGUUACAUCGGAGGUGUUCUGGAACAGUUCUCAUAUGACACAGCUUUAUCUCUGGUAAGUGUCCACAGGGAAAUCAGUCGUCACAAUGACCAGUCAAGAUGGAGAGGGAUUGGGAGGCACUAACCUUUCACCCCACCUGCACACAGAUGAGUGCAAUGAACUCAUAAGCCUCCUGAGACAGUGCCACAAAGAGCACAACGUCAUGAAGUUUUUUGGCACGUGUAAUGACAUGGACCGGGCCAUGCGUCAUUGUCUGAAGAAAGAGAGACUUGAAAAACGGGAGCGAAGUAAGAAACAUGCAGAAGAAAUGAGAAAGAGGAUAAAGGAAGGACCCAAGGAGCAGCUUUAAAGGAAGCAAAACGCACUGGAGCAUAAAACUGGACAUUAAACUAAACACAAGAGUCCCAUGACUGCCUUUCUGUCAUCACAGAGGAACAGUUGUGACUGAUUUAUUAUUUUUUUGUAAAGCUGUAGUGUUUAUAUCACUGAUGGAUGAUUGCGGCAUCCUCUGAUGUAAAAUUGCGUUCCUAUCCUUUUAGUUUUUGCACAUAUUGGGAGCUGCUCUUAGGGAUGCAGUGUUACAAAACAUUCUUAUUGGUUAAUA